AUGGAGAUCGGACGGCAUGUUGAUGGGUCGACGAUCGCGCAGCUGACCAGCAUCGAGCCGGGUCCAGGGAUGGACCGCCUGCUGGCCAGCGCGCGCUCGCUCCACGCUUUGGGCCACACUGGCGCCGUCGCUGCAGCGUGGGAGGACGACGUGGGCCUGCGUCCAUACCUCGACCUUAGACGCGCCAAGCAAGCAAACGAAGCCCACAAUCGGCUUCGGCGGCUCAAGAAGAAGCAGGAGCGCAAGCAACGGAAUCACCGGCCUGCAUAA